AUGGGAGCCAGAACUACGAAGUCUCACACGCUGUUUCUCGACUCCAGUUCCGAUGUGGAUGAGGAGGCUAGUCAGGACUCAGCACGCUGCUUUAUGGGUGCGGAAUAUCAACAGAUACUGCAGCCGCUGGGCCUGACAACACAGAAAGCUGAACGACGCAGAGACGAUUUGCGCCAGCUGGCAAUGAGAUACGAGGUGGAAUGCUUGGGAGCCUCCAGUUACGAAAGACUGCAGGUGCUCCGCGAUUGCAUGCAGAAAAGGCAGGAACAUCAGCAGAUCCUGAGAACAGCCAUCACAGCGCACGGCGGUCCGACGGCUCGUCUGAAUGCCCAAGUAGAGCUGCUGGAAGCGGAACGUCUGAUGAAGCAGACGAAGCAGGAACUGGAAGAAUCUGGCUUCUGGUGCCUAGUGCCCGCUGAUCCAAAAGAAGUGGAGGUGGAACGGCAGAUUCGCGACAUUCAACGCUGGGAGCGUGCCUUCGACGAUUGGGUGCACACGUUGAAUGAACUGACCCCGAGGCUUUUCGUUGAAAUUGUGACUCUUCUUCGCAUCGAAUACAACCAGGAGAACUUAAACCGCUUCUUGCGAAGCUUGAGCCUGGAGUUGACUUGGAACAGAGUGGAGGCACGCGUCCAGGAAAUGUUCAGCUGGAAGGACCCUAAGAGGCAUCUCAGCCCGUGGGAUCUCUUCAAGCCUCAGGAGCGCAACUUUUGCGUUAUAGGUUGCGAGAACGGAAGGGAACUACACAGGUUUGAGGAGAGCAUUAGCCAGAAGAAGUUUCCGGAAGGAGGGGACUGCUGCCAAGUGCUCAGGGAGUUUGCCAGCAAAACGUUUGGUGGGCAGCAUGCCUUGAUCUUCGAGGCAACUUACAGCAUCUCACCGGCAGUGCAGCUCUUUGAGCUUUCAGAUAUGGAUCUCACACUCACGCUCAAGGCGCUUGUAGAUGCUGGGCAAGGCAGCCAGUGCUUCAACACGGUCUUGGGCAAAACGAUCGUGCGGGAGUCUCUGCGGAGAACUAUUGGCUUCCGACUGCUGGACGGCUUUGUGGAUGUAUUGAUAGUGAUCUUGUUGGCACAUCUGGGAUACAAAGUGCAGAUCCAGCAGAAGCCCGAAACGAGAACGCUGUGGAGCUUCGGCGCGCUGGGCAUUUGGGUCUGUAUUGCAUGCUUAGGCAGGGUUCUCUCUGGGCUCCGGUUAUUUUGGGACUCGGUGCGUCCAUGCUCAAGCUUCCUCGCAGCAAUCGCGAAGCAUCUCACCUUGUGGAAUUCCUUGAUCACGCUGGCGGAGCUGUUCUCGGUGUAUGUGGGCAUGCGGUUUCUUAGUUUCCUACCCGACCCGGACUUAGCAGGCUUUGACUUCUUCCAGGCUCAUCCUGUAAUGAUCUCAGCCCUCGUCUUGAUACGAUGGACAUUACUGGCCAUUGACUUCUUCCAACUCGAAGAAAUCGGUCGCCGCGUGGUUCCCAUUGUUCACGCGGUCAGCCGGCCAGCCUCCGUCUACUUCCUUUUCUUCUUGGCACUGAUGUUGGCUGGAUCUUUUCAGGCCUACAGCGUAUUCCCCAUAGAGGAGAACAUCGGCGGAGCCAACAAGGUGCUAGACACGUUCCUUAAAAUCUUCCGCCUCGAAGUUCUGGGUGACUUCGACCUGAACGAGCUGGAGGGAAUCAAUGACAAAUUGACUGGCAAGGUAGAAGCGAGCAAUGGGACCAUUCAUGGCGAUGUCGACGCCGACCCGUCUGAUUGGAGUGACAAGUACCACCGGGGAGUGAGAUUCGAAUUCAUGGCAUUGAGCCUCGGGGUGACAGUCGUGGUGAUGAAUGUCUACAUCGGUUUGCUGGGCAGUCUCUAUGAUAAUGCCACGAAGAGGAAGAAUCAGCUGUAUGCACAUUAUCUCGCAAGCUGCUGCUACCGACACCUCUGCUUGAGGCUUCUACUAUGGCAGAUUUGCUGCUGUGGAGCACCUUGUGCCGCUUGUCACGAAGAUGCUGAGGAUGAGGGUGCUGGCGCAAGGUUGUAUUGGCUGGCGUAUGAGAAGGACACCCUGCUGGACGGCAAUGACGACUGA